AUGAAUUCUGGAUUAAUGUACUCCGUCUCUUCUCCUUCCUCAGCUUCCACAUCUACAGCUACUGCUGCUUUGACUCAUCGGAAUUCCAGAUUCCCCAUGCUACUGCCACGGCCAAUUUCAUCAUCUCUAAGGUUGCAGUGUUGUUCUGCAUUCCAUGUGGAUGCUUCUCUUAAUUCCUAUCCCUCUAAAACUCAUGCUGUAUCGAAGUGUUCUUUGAGAUUGUCUGGAGAACAAUAUUUAUGCUCUCAGCAACAACAUGAUAAAUGUGCGUGGCCCUUGAGAGCUUUGGUGACCUCAACGGCACAAGAUAUUCCCAUAACAUCUCUAAUUGCCAACGAGAAGGUGGGAGUUUUGUUGCUCAAUCUUGGAGGUCCAGAGACUCUUGAUGACGUGCAGCCUUUCCUAUUUAACCUCUUUGCCGACCCUGACAUCAUUCGACUCCCAAGGUCAUUUCGUUUUCUGCAAAAGCCUCUGGCCCAGUUCAUAUCAGUUGUUAGGGCGCCCAAGAGUAAAGAAGGCUACGCUUCCAUUGGUGGUGGAUCACCCCUGCGGCAGAUAACUGAUGCUCAGGCAGAAGCAUUGAAAAAGUCCCUUUGGGAAAAGAAUGUUCCAGCAAAAGUGUAUGUUGGCAUGCGUUACUGGCAUCCAUUCACCGAGGAAGCAAUAGAACAGAUAAAGAGGGAUGGUAUUACAAAACUUGUUGUGCUUCCGUUAUAUCCACAGUUUUCAAUAUCAACUAGUGGCUCCAGCCUGCGACUCUUGGAGAGUAUAUUCCGGGAAGAUGAGUAUCUAGUGAACAUGCAGCAUACAGUGAUACCGUCCUGGUACCAGCGUGAAGGAUACAUUACUGCCAUGGCCAAUCUAAUUGAGAAGGAAGUAUUAAAAUUUGAAAAUCCUGAUAAGGUUGUAAUAUUUUUCAGCGCGCAUGGAGUGCCUAUAGCAUAUGUUGAAGAGGCUGGUGAUCCAUACAAGGCAGAAAUGGAGGAAUGUGUGGAUUUGAUAAUGGAUGAAUUAGAGAAGAGACAAAUCACUAGCCCAUAUACCCUUGCUUAUCAGAGCAGAGUAGGUCCUGUGGAGUGGCUUAAACCUUACACUGAUGAGACAAUCAUUGAUCUCGGGAGAAAAGGGGUCAAAAGUCUUCUCGCUGUCCCAAUAAGCUUUGUUAGUGAACACAUUGAGACUCUGGAAGAAAUCGACGUUGAAUAUAAAGAGUUGGCUCUUGAGUCUGGGAUAGAAAAAUGGGGGCGUGUUCCAGCACUGGGAUGCGAACCAACCUUCAUUUCAGACUUGGCAGAUGCUGUGAUUGAGAGCCUUCCUUAUGUUGGAGCUAUGGCAGUCUCUAAUCUUGAAGCUAGACAGUCCUUGGUUCCACUGGGCAGUGUGGAAGAGUUAUUGGCAGCAUAUGAUUCAAAACGGAGGGAGCUACCACCACCUGUGACGGUGUGGGAAUGGGGUUGGACAAAAAGUGCAGAGACAUGGAAUGGAAGAGCAGCCAUGUUGGCUGUGCUGGUUCUGCUGGUCUUGGAAGUCACUACAGGACAGGGCUUUCUGCAUCAGUGGGGCAUCUUACCUUUGGUUCGCUGA